GCUUGCGUGAACCACAAACGUGAUUCCCCUGAAAAAUGGGCCGCAUAGUGGCCUUCUUUGUCUCCUGGACAGGGAACGGAGGUCGAACUGGCUUCUCCAAGGACAACCUUCGCGCCUGUAGACAAAGACUUGAUCACCCUCAGCCUUGAGAGAGAGAGAGGGCGGCUAAGUCCAGAAGGUGGUAGCCGGUCCCAGCACUCUGGGCGGGAGAGGCGGGUGCGGAGGCAGGAAGGGGAGGAGGACAGGGAGGAGGGGACUGACCUGGCCAGCUGCUGCUCCGGCGGCGCAGGGCGGAGCCGGGGCGCGCCCGCCCGCGCGCAGGUGAGCGAGCCGGGGCGGAGCGCAGCUCAGCCGGUGCCAGGCUCGGGUGCCCGCGGCCGCCGCUCCAAACCACGGGCCACUUUCCCCGCCGAGGCCGAAGCGCCCCGGAACCAUGGCCGGCCUGAACUGCGGUGUCACAGUCGCUCUGCUGGGGGUCCUGCUGCUGGGCGCAGCGCGCCUGCCGCGCGGAGCGGAAGCUUAUGAGAUUGCUCUGCCACCUGGAAGCGGCAUUUCAGUUCUCAUAAAGCCCGGGACCCCAACUCUGCCAGUAAAGGUCUGUUACAUCAUCAUUUCCACAAGACGGGAAACCAAGCUGUCCAUCAAAGCUGGAGAGAGUAGAGUCUUUUCCUUUAGCUGCCAGAAUCCAGAGAAUCACUUUGUCAUUGAGAUCCAGAAGAAUAUUGACUGCGUGUCAGGCCCAUGUCCUUCUGGAGAGGUUCAGCUUCAGCCCUCAACGUCGGUGUUGCCUGCCCUCAACAGGACCUUCAUCUGGGAUGUCAAAGCUCACAAGAGCAUCGGUCUGGAGCUGCAGUUCUCCCUCCCACGCCUGAGGCAGGUCGGGCCGGGGGAGAGCUGCCCAGAUGGAGUCACUCACGACAUCAGCGGCCGCCUGGACGCCACAGUGGUCAGGAUCGGAACCUUCUGCAGCAACGGCACUGUGUCACGGAUCAAGAUGCAAGAGGGAGUGAAAAUGGCCUUGCACCUGCCCUGGUUCAACGACAGGAACGUCUCCGGCUUCAGCAUCGCAAACCGAUCAUCAGUAAAACGCCUGUGCAUCAUUGAGUCUGUGUUCGAGGGUGAAGGCUCAGCUACCCUGAUGUCUGCCAACUACCCAGAUGGCUUCCCCGAGGACGAGCUCAUGACGUGGCAGUUCAUCGUUCCCGCGCACCUGCGGGCCAGCGUCUCCUUCCUCCACUUCAGCGUCUCCAACUGCGUGAAGAAGGAGGAGCGGGUCGAGUACUACAUCCCAGGCUCCACCACCAACCCCGAGGUGUUCAAGUUGGAGGACAAGCAACCCGGGAACAUGGCCGGGAACUUCAACCUCUCUUUGCAGGGCUGUGACCAAGAUGCCCAAAAUCCAGGGAUCCUCCGGCUGCAGUUUCAAGUUUUGGUCCAACGUCCACAAAAUGAAAGCAAUAAAACCUAUGUGGUUGACUUGAGUAAUGAGCGAGCCAUGUCGUUGACCAUCGAGCCGCGGUCCAACAAACCGAGCACUGACUCUGUCCCCGGCUGCUUCGUGUGUUUGGACCCUUGGACCUGCAGCACCAACCUCACCCUGACACCUGGAUCCAAACACAAGAUCUCCUUCCUUUGUGAUGAUCUGACUCGCCUGUGGAUCAAUGCCGAGAAAAACAUAACCUGCACAGACCACCGAUACUGCCACAGGAAGUCCUACUCACUCCAAGUACCAGGGUACAUCCUCCAGCUGCCUGUGCAGCUGCACGACUUCUCCUGGAAGCUGCUGGUACCCAAGGACAGCCUCAGUCUGGCCCUGGUGCCAGCCCAGAAGCUGCAGCAGCACACGCACGAGAGAGCCUGCAAUGCCAGCUUCAGCUACCUCUUGGCCAGCGCUGUCCCCGGCCAGGACCUUCGCUUCGGCUUCUUCUGCUCUGGAGGCUCCAUCGAGCAGAUCCGGGUGAAGCAGAACAUCUCGGUGACCCUCCGCACCUUUGCCCCCAGCUUCCAGCAAGAGGCCUCCAGGCAGAACCUAACCGUGUCCUUUAUCCCCCACUUCAAAGAGGAUGGUGUUUUCAUGGUGACCCCCGACAGGAAAAGCAAGGUCUACCUGAGGACCCCUAACUGGGACCGGGGCUUGCCGUCCCUCACCUCGGUGUCCUGGAACAUCAGCGUGCCCCAUGACCAAGUGGCCUGCCUGACCUUCCUCAAGGAGCGGACUGGUGUGGUCUGCCAGACGGGGCGUGCUUUCAUGAUCAUCCAGGAGCAGCGGUCCCACGCUGAGGAGAUCUUCAGCCUGGAGGAGGAGGUGCUGCCCAAGCCAAGCUUCCGCCAUCACAGCUUCUGGGUCAAUAUCUCCAACUGUAGCCCCGUGAGUGGCAAGCAGCUGGAUCUACUCUUCUGGGUCUCACUUACCCCAAGGACUACAGACCUGACUGUCAUCAUCCUCACCGUGGUGGGAGGUGGCGCCUUACUGCUGUUUGCCCUCGGACUCAUCAUUUGCUUUGUGAAAAAGAAUAAGAAAAAGAAGAUCAGCAAGGGCCCGGCCGUAGGUAUCUACAAUGGUAACAUCAAUACCCAGAUGCCAAUGCAGCCAAAGAAGUUUCAGAAAAGACGGAAGGACAACGACUCCCAUGUGUAUGCCGUCAUCGAUGAUACCAUGGUGUACGGGCACCUGCUGCAGGAUUCCAGCGGGUCCUUCCUCCAGCCAGAGGUUGCCACCUACCAGCCCUUCCAGGGCCCCAUGGGCGACUGCCCCCCCUCCCCACCCCCCACCUGCUCCAGGGCCCCGACCGCAAAGCUGACCACAGAUGAGCCAUCCCCUGGCUCCCCUCCUGAGUCUGAGAGCGAACCCUACACCUUCUCCCACCCCAAAGACACGAAUAUGAGCAACGGGAACACGGACAUUCCCUUGCUGGACACCCACAAGCCCACAGAGCCUGGGGAAUAACUUGGACCCACUCCAAAGACUUUGCAUAAAGCAGGGCACCGAGACGACCUUUAGGGUUCCCAACCCGAAAUCCUAAAAGAAGAGGAGCUGUACGGAAGGACAAAGAGGUUUUCCUGGACACCAACUUCUUCUGAUUUCCAGGUGGACCCAUUCCGAUGAUGAGACGUUGAAAAUGAAUUGUGAUCUGGGUACAGUCAUCACAGUGCAUGUCAUUCUAAACUCAGGUUGGGUUGUAACCAGCCCAUAGUGAGAGGGGAGAGGCUCAGUCACCCAGGACAGGGUUGCAACGACCCCUAGAUUUGGAUUUGGAUUUUGACUUCUUCAGGUUGACAGUUCCGAUCCCUAGGAGCCCACCCGAGGUCCCUGCUCUCACUGGGGUCCCCUGGGUGAAAAUGACAAUGUGCCUUAUUAUUAUUAUUAAUAUUUAUUUGGUGGUCCUGUGUAUUUAAGAAGUUGAAUGUCUACCCACUCAGCUCUUUUCACCUGACAUAGUGACAACUCAUGCUGACUAGUUAGACAGCUGGGUUUUGACUUCUGCUGACCACUAGAUAAACAUGUGCUUGCCCCCUAGGAGGUGGAAUAGGUUGUAGUCUGUCCAGCCAGAAAAGGCUGUGUGUGUGUUUGAAGGCACUGACGCCCACCUGCUUUGACAAGAGCCCUCCUGGUUCUCUCGCUCGGCAUGUGGUUAUCCCACUGCAGAAAUACAUCCUCAGUCCCAUUGUCCUUUGACCUAGAAAUAAGAGACGUUUUCUUGAAUUGCUAUGUGUGGCUCUCCCAGCUGCAAUGAUACUUUGGCAUUUAAACAGAAACUGAGAGAGUAUUUUCAUCCUCUAAAAACAUUUAAAAAUACACCAUAGAGUGGCCACUCGUAUUCUUUUCCUAACACGACUGAAGCAAAUUACCGCAAACAUGGCGGCUCAAAACAGCACAAAUUUCCUACCUUAUGGUCCUGGAGAUCAGAAGUGCAAAGUGGGUUUCACUGAGCUAAAAUCAGCGUGUCAGCAGAGCUGUGCUCCUUCUGGAGGCUCCGGGGAGAAUCCGUUUCCUUGCCUUUUCCAGCUAGUAGAGGCUGCUCACCUUCCUUGCCUCCGAUGGUGGCCAUGUGACAUUCCUGCAUCCCUCUUUUACUUACAAGAAACUUUCAGUUAUAAAGGAUCCCCCCACCCCCAGAUAAUACAGAAUAAUC